ACAUGUGCGUUGAGAACUUCACAACGAUGUUUCGGGAUCUAAUAUUAGCGUUGCUUUUCGGGUUCCUUGGUGUCACAAAAAUCAAUGUUGCUAGUAACUUACAGACAGGCAUACAGACCAAGGUUGAUUUGCUGAAGUCGUUGAUUUACGAUAACGCUAAGGCCACAGUGACCUUAGACUCAACGGCCUUCAAGGAACUAAUUAAAUUGUCUACAGAAUCAUCCAGUUUUCCUCGAAGUGUAAGCUUUUCUGUCAGCGUAAAAUCUACCAUACUUGCUUUCGGGGCUGGACAAACAGUGAAAUAUGACGCAGUCCUAACAAAUGACGGGAACGGAUAUGACGACAGAACGGGGGUGUUCACGUGUCCUGUGGCGGGAACCUACAUGUUUGUUGUUGAUUCCUUAUCUUGGCCUGGGAUUUGGUUAAAACUGAAAGUCAACAAAUUAACAGUGGGAAAACUUCACGUGAGUUCUGGGCAUAAAGUUGACUUGAUUCAAAUAAGCAGGACAGUGAUCGUGAAGCUGAAGUCUGGGGAUCAUGUCAAAGUUGAAAAUGAUAAAAACGGCGGUAAGAUAUACCAUGGCAUGUACUCAGGGUUUACAGGAGCCCUAUUGUACUGACUGGUUAUCUGAUAAUCUCUUGACCUUUAUAAAUAUUCCAACCAAAA